AUGCCAAUAGAUUUCCUCUUCCUUCAACCGCGGUUGCUGCUCUUUGCUAGCUGUGCAAGAAAGAAUCAAACACAAACUGAAAACCUGAGAAAGCUUUGGAGAGUUUAAGGUUGUGGUGGUCUUUUAAUGCAUUGCCGAGGAUAAGGAUGCAUUUUGGACAGCAAAGAGUUUUGUGGUGACGAAUGAAUUUAGACUUGGCAGCUGCCUCGCUGUUUAUAAGUGUUCAGUGAUUAUAACAUGUGGCAUUCUAAAAGUCGUUGCGUUGCCAAGUGAAGGUGACAAUUCUGAUAGAAAAGGCUAGUUAUCAAUUCCACGAUCUCUUGUCUGAGCUAAGCCCACCAGUGAGCUAGUUCUAGAUGCAAACCUCCCAGAAACACCGAUCAGCUGGCAUCCAUGGGUUUUACCACCAGCCAGUGCAAGAGAUUGAUCCAUAUGGUUUGUCUCAUAUCCAAAUUUUAGACAAGACUAUGUAUUCAGAUGCUGGAAGCCAAGGAACCAGUGUUUCCUUUGAGACAUGUCUAGGACAAUUCUUCACCCUGGAAUCAUCCUCAGCGACUGCUGGUUUCGUUGUCUAUGAUUCUCCUGCUGCCAGCAUCUCAUCCAACAGAAGCCCCUUUUCAUCCCAGGGUUCACAUUCAUGCAUUUCUGAUCCUCGUCAUUCCCCUGAAAAUAUAUAUGGAUCUCCUUUGAGUGGAUCUUCCUCUGCUGAUGACGGCAAUAUACUGAGGCAGAAAUUGAGGGAGUUGGAAAUUUCAUUGCUUGGGCCUGAAUCUGAUAUUACUGACAGCGGCAGUUUUUGCUUUGUGAGUGGAGGAUACCAAGCAGAACCAUAUGCAAGUUGGGACUGGAACCAAAUGAUGGAAAUGAUCCCUAGGUUGGAUCUUAAGCAUGUGCUCCUUGCCUGCGCUGAUGCAGUAUCAAAUGCUGAUAUACAAAGAUCAGCAGGUCUAAUGCAUGUUUUGGACCAAAUGGUGUCAGUCUCUGGAGAGCCAGUCCAGCGGUUGGGUGCUUAUAUGUUGGAAGGGCUUAGGGCAAGGUUGGAACUCUCAGGAAGUAAAAUCUACAGAGCCUUGAAGUGUGAAGCACCAAUCAGCUCAGAUCUGAUGACUUACAUGGGCAUUCUGUAUCAGAUAUGCCCUUAUUGGAAGUUUGCAUACACAUCGGCUAACGUUGUCAUUCGAGAAGCUGUAGAAUACGAACCCAGAAUUCAUAUCAUCGACUUCCAGAUUGCACAGGGAAGCCAGUGGAUUCUUCUAAUGCAGAUGCUUGCUUGCCGGCCAGGUGGACCCCCAGCAAUUCAUAUAACUGGUGUUGAUGAUUCUCAAUCAGCUCAUGCUCGUGGUGGAGGGCUUGAUAUUGUGGGACAAAGGCUAUCAAAAGUUGCCGAGUCCUGCAAUGUGCCAUUUGAGUUCCAUGAUGUUGCCAUGGAUGGUUGUGAGGUUCAACUGGAACAUCUUAGGGUCCAACCUGGGGAAGCUGUGGUUGUGAAUUUUCCGUACGUGUUGCACCACAUGCCUGAUGAGAGUGUGAACACAUGGAAUCACAGAGAUAGAUUGAUAAGGAUGGUGAAGAGUUUGUCACCAAGGAUCGUGACCCUCGUCGAGCAAGAAUCCAACACUAACACCAAACCAUUCUUUCCAAGAUUCAUCGAGACACUAGAUUAUUAUGCAGCUAUGUUUGAAUCUAUUGCCGCCGGUGGCUCUAUGGACAUCAAGCAGAGGAUUAAUGCAGAGCAGCAGUGUGUGGCUCGAGACAUUGUCAAUAUGAUCGCUUGUGAGGAAGCUGAGAGGGUUGAACGGCAUGAACUUCUUGCGAAGUGGAGGUCUCGAUUUACCAUGGCAGGAUUUAAUCAGUACCCACUGGGUUCUUCAGCGACUACUGCCGUUAAAGAUUUGUUGAAGGAAUACCACAGGGACUAUAGUGUUCAGGAGAGAGACUGGGCUCUUUACCUUCGCUGGCGAGAUAGAGACAUGGCAACUUCUUCUGCCUGGCGGUGAAAACCGAAUAGCUUUAGCUCCUUAAAUGUAAUCUGUAAAUGUAAUCUUACCCUUUUUUUUCUCAUUUAGAGAACGAUCAGUAGUGAUGUUAUCAUUCUCAUAGAAAUGGGAUUAGCUUUUUUUGGGAGAAUACAGCUAGUGUUGAGACAACCUCAAAUCAUUGUACAUGUCCACCAUGGAAUGAAACAAGAGUAGGUCUGUGUUAUUUGCA